AACUCCAGAAUGUGCAAAGAUACAGCGUAUUACAGGAAUGCUGAACAGUGACAGAAUCAAGCAAUCAGUCUGAAACCGUUUGAGGCUACGUUUCAAGAUGGCGGGUGUUGACAAUUGGCGCACAUGUUUGAAUGACCAGCCGUUUUGUAAACAAUUGCGUGAAAAUAAUGCAAAGGAUUCCAGACAGAAACGCUGCAGUACAUCAAAGGGACUCACUGCUGUCCAGGGUGGAGAUUUAUAUGUCUGGGAUAGCUUUGCAUCCCACCUCGUCUUCUACAAUCUCAAGAAUCUUCUGCCAGAGUGUGCAGAUCGCGAGAGGAAUCAGGCGCAGAUCCUCCUGUGUUCCAACGCCCCGAGGUUCGAUGUGGAGUUUUUGACCUUUAACCCCAGUGGCAGUCUAGUAGCCUUAUGGGGACAGAGUGGAAUCACGGUUCUUGAACUCCCCAAACGUUGGGGGCGUUACGCAGAACUAGAGGGGGGCAAACCGUCCAUAACCUGCAAGUCUGUUAGUAUUGCCAGCCAUUUCUUUGCCAGUCACAAGGGAGCAGGGCUACAACAGGUCCUGUGGCAUCCUGGGAGUGAAUCUGACACACACUUGACUUUCCUCAUGUCAAAUGGUAUACUCAGUGUGUAUAACGUACAGUUCCCAGACAUCCCUACACAGGUGAUACACCUUGACAGUCACGGAGCAGACCUGAGCCAGACAACCAGCUGCAUUUCCGUGGCAACAGCACUAGGGGAGAGAACUAUGGGGUUUGACUUUGGGCCCUCAAUACAGCUCAGUCGACGGGCAUCGCUCUCUCAGUCAUCCCUGUAUUCACAGACCGACAGCAUCACAGUGUGGCCUGCCUACAUCGUCAAGGGCAACGGGGACAUGCUGGUGGCCUACACAGACUUACACAGUGGAAGCCCAGUAAAGCUUCCGCCCCAGGGGCCUCUACUGAUGCACCCCCCAGCUGAAGACAACUAUGGUGUGGAUGCCUGUGCUGUGUGCUGUUUGGGCGAGGCUCCGACUGUACUAGUUAUUGCAACGUGUGAGGGCAAACUUCAUCACUGUAUUGUUUUACCAUCCAGUUCACCUGAAUAUCAGGGUGAUAAUGACUGGUCAACAUCGGCGGGCAGUACUGGUCAGUUUGAGGGAGCCCCAGACGUGUCCCUUUACGUGUAUGAAAGUGUGGAGCUGGAAUUAACCUUGACCAUGGCUGAUGGAGACUUGGAGGAGGAAUUAACUUGUCCAAUUAGACUUCUUAAGGAUGCGGUCAAUUCUGAUUGGUACCACUGUUGUCACGCGGCGGGAAUCCACACUGUCAUUCUGCCCUGGCUCAGCAACCUACAGACAUUCUGUUUCGACGACGGAGCAGAUUUACAGGAUCUCCCUGAACAGCAGGAAUGUAUAGUGGAACACCUGAUAUGUACAAAACCCUUACCAUCCAGUCCUCCGUCCCCCGUGCUUGGAGUGGGUGUGGUCAGAGAGGCUGAUCUUGGCACGUCUCUACUUGCCUUAACUAGCGACAUCGACUUUGUGUCCCUACCUCUCAGUUUCAGGGUGAGGAUCCUUACGGAGCUAAAACAGCAGCAGCAGCAAGACCUGGGUGACCUUGAGAUUUCACGUACCCGUCUCCAUGAGUCCGCUCAGGAGCUGGCCAUCCGCUACGAUGACUGUCAGGAAGCACAUGACUCCAUUCUUCGCAGGAUUGAAUCUGUGAUGCGACGAUUACAGGCCCGCAACCCUGUGCUGUCGGAGGCGGAGCGAGGGAUGAAGAAAGAUUUGGAGACCAUGGAGGAACAGCUAGAUAAUUACAGAAAAAGUCUCCAUCAGCUGCGGACGAAGCAUGAAUAUCAGACACGACAGAUGAAAAAGAGCCAGGGGGCGUCGGCCAGCCACACGCUGAAAAACUCGCAGGUGUCCCAGAUCCGUACUGUACUACAGCAGGAUGGUGAAGAUCUCACCAGCAUGCUGCACAGGAUCAACCAACUUAAGUUAGACGCUGGGGUGUGACCUCUCGACAGCCAGCAGCCACAGGAUCUAGUCUGUGAUCAGUACGGGAGGACGAAGAUGAUGGAGACAGGAUGACCAGUUGGUUGUUUAUCAGUCUAAUAUUGUUCACAGGACCCAAAUCAGCUAUAAAUAUGAUGGUCCGCUAAAACACUGAAACAUUUUAAAUGUACACAGACAGUUAGAAGCGUUUAUAGCAGCUAGCAAACAAUAGAGAGCGAAGCGGUCAGCCAGCUGGCUAAACUGACCAAGAGACAAUGAGAAAUUCUUGAUAAUGAAACAAGUGUAACUGGGCAGUGAUGUAGAUCCCAGUGUAGCUAGGCUGCAACUAAGCCUCUAGCACUCCAAAUGUUUUGAUUCAAGUAAAAGAUUCUCACCACCUAGAUAGCAUUGCUGUGAGUUCCUGAUGUCACCACACUGUUCCUUGUGACGUCAAUGGAUGAUACGACUGCUACAUAUGUAAAAGAUAAUGAUUGGUCCUGUCUGAUUUCAGUGUCAUCGCUGUAGUUUCUUCAUUACUCAAAACUGUGUACAGAGGUCAAGUAUGAACCUUGACUGAGGUCUUAUUGCAGGGUUCCGAGGUCCCUUUUACUAUUUAUAUCAAUUUGUGAACCGAUUCAGAGACUAAAUGAGUAAAGUGACAUCAUUCUAGAAACUUCAUUUCUUAAUAGUUUUGUAUCAAACUUUGUAUAACAGUCAUGUAGGAGUUUACCUGUGUUUCAAAGUUCCAAGGUCAAGGUCAAUGUUAAGGGCAGUUUUUAUGGAAAUUUGUCAAACAAUUGUUUGUCAUGCAAGCUAAUUUGCGUGAGAAUUGGAGCGUCCGUAUCUUACAGACAUUUUCUUGUUAUUGUAUAAGACAUUACACUUUGAAGUUGAGCUCAAGGCCGUCGGGGUUCUGUGCGUGUUAUUUGCGUGUGGAGUUUCACAAAGUGUGUGAGACGGGUUCUGUGCAUGUUAUUUGCGGGUGGAGUUUCACAAAGGGUGUGAGACGGGAUCUGUGCAUGUUAUUUGCGUGUGGAGUUUCACAAAGUGUGUGAGACUUAUCCAGGAAAAUAAUGACAGAAUGCUUUAAUUGAUAGUAAAUAAUAUUUGUGGAAUAUUUUAAGUCACAAGUUGUCUUACAAGUGCAUGGAAAUUAACCUUUUGCGAGAAUACAGUCAUUUACAGUCAUUUGGUUCCACUGGCAGCACUGUAAGGGAGGAGAACAGAAGGGCAACACCUAGAUAGUAGGGGAGGAGGAAAAAGACAACACUGUGUGGGAGGGAAAUGGAAGGGCAGCACCAACACAGUGAGGGAGGAGAACAGAAGGGCAACACCUAGAUAGUAGGGGAGGAGGAAAAAGACAACACUGUGUGGGAGGGAAAUGGAAGGGCAAUUACUAUAGUGGGGAGGAGAAUGAAAGGGCAAUAUGCAUAGUGGGGGAGGAGAAUGGAAGGGCAGUACUGUGUGUGGGAGGGAAAUGGAAGGGCAGCAGUGAGGAGGAAUUUUUAGUAGCGUGGGGGUAGAAUGGAAUAGAAAGGUAGCUGUUAUAUAGUUUGGGAGGAGAAUGGAAGGACAACAUCCUUCUCAUUGAAUAUUUGUUGCCUAAUUGAUGUAAAGCAGAUAAUAAAACAGUGUUUGUAUUUCUAUAUAUAUUGGCAUAUUUAUGUGAAAACCUGUUUGAAAUAAAAAAAUAAAAUAGAUGUGAUUUCUAAAA